AUGUUAGUGUUGAGCGCUGCAUUCUCACUGAAUGUUGCUGCUACUUUCAUCUGCCCAAAGUAUGUUGGAGACGGUUCCAGACAGUUAUCUACCCUUUACGCAAUGCCUCACAAUCCGACGGGUUACGUGACAUGUGUCGGAAGAAUUAAAAUUGAAGCACAUUGUCCUGACGGUGGAGUGUGGAGCGAUAGUGCCAAAACCUGUGUCCGACAUCCCUUAACUAGCGUUGUUGCACGAUCGAGACGAGACAUUGCAAUAGAGACAGAGACUACGUGUGCAACGGUUUGUCCUCAAGUGUUUGAUCCACGCAAACUUGUGAUAGUAGAUCAUGCGUCUUGUACGAAAUACAAUCUGUGCGUGCUUGGGUUGAUGUUGACUGUGUCGUGUCCGAAUAAUUUGAGGUUCAAUAAGGAACGAUGCCAGUGUGAUUUUAAGGAAAAUGUGUACUGUGAAGGUGAAGAUCCAACGACAACAACAAUCGAUUAUGGAUCAACGACAAUAGAAGCAGAGGAAUCCACAACCGAAGAGUCUACUACAGAGGUAACCGUAUCCGAAACAACAACAGAAGAAUCGACUGUAGAAGUGACCGCAUCUGAGUCGACAACUGAAGAAUCCACUACGGAGGAAUCCACGACGGAAGACUCUACUACAGAGGUAACCGUAUCCGAAUCAACAACAGAAGAAUCGACUGUUGAAGUAACCGCAUCUGAGUCGACAACGGAAGAAUCUACAACAGAGGAAUCCACAACCGAAGAGUCUACUACAGAGGUAACCGUAUCCGAAUCAACAACAGAACAAUCGACUGUUGAAGUGACCGCAUCUGAGUCAACAACGGAAGAAUCUACAACAGAGGAAUCCACUUCGGAAGCGACCACAUCCGAGUCGACAACCGAAGAAUCGACUGUUGAGGUGACCGCAUCUGAGUCGACAACUGAAGAAUCCACUACGGAGAAAUCCACGACGGAAGCCUCUACUACAGAGGUAACCGCAUCCGAAUCAACAACAGAACAAUCGACUGUUGAAGUGACCGCAUCUGAGUCAACAACUAAGGAAUCUACAACAGAGGAAUCCACAACCGAAGAGUCUACUACAGAGGUAACCGUAUCCGAAACAACAACAGAAGAAUCGACUGUAGAAGUGACCGCAUCUGAGUCGACAACUGAAGAAUCCACUACGGAGGAAUCCACAACCGAAGAGUCUACUACAGAGGUAACCGUAUCCGAAUCAACAACAGAAGAAUCGACUGUUGAAGUAACCGCAUCUGAGUCGACAACGGAAGAAUCUACAACAGAGGAAUCCACAACCGAAGAGUCUACUACAGAGGUAACCGUAUCCGAAUCAACAACAGAACAAUCGACUGUUGAAGUGACCGCAUCUGAGUCGACAACGGAAGAAUCUACAACAGAGGAAUCCACUACGGAAGCGACCGCAUCCGAGUCGACAACCGAAGAAUCGACUGUUGAGGUGACCGCAUCUGAGUCGACAACUGAAGAAUCCACUACGGAGGAAUCCACGACGGAAGCCUCUACUCCAGAGGUAACCGUAUCCGAAUCAACAACAGAAGAAUCGACUGUUGAAGUAACCGCAUCUGAGUCGACAACGGAAGAAUCUACAACAGAGGAAUCCACAACCGAAGAGUCUACUACAGAGGUAACCGUAUCCGAAUCAACAACAGAACAAUCGACUGUUGAAGUGACCGCAUCUGAGUCAACAACGGAAGAAUCUACAACAGAGGAAUCCACUACGGAAGCGACCGCAUCCGAGUCGACAACCGAAGAAUCGACUUCGACAACCGAAGAAUCGACUGUUGAGGUGACCGCAUCUGAGUCGACAACUGAAGAAUCCACUACGGAGGAAUCCACGACGGAAGCCUCUACUCCAGAGGUAACCACAUCCGAAUCAACAACAGAAGAAUCGACUGUUGAAGUGACCGCAUCUGAGUCGACAACGGAAGAAUCUACAACAGAGGAAUCCACAACCGAAGAGUCUACUACAGAGGUAACCGUAUCCGAAUCAACAACAGAACAAUCGACUGUUGAAGUGACCGCAUCUGAGUCGACAACGGAAGAAUUUACAACAGAGGAAUCCACUACGGAAGCAACCGCAUCUGAGUCGACAACUGAAGAAUCCACUACGGAGGAAUCCACGACGGAAGCCUCUACUACAGAGGUAACCGUAUCCGAAUCAAAAACAGAAGAAUCGACUGUUGAAGUGACCGCAUCUGAGUCGACAACUGAAGAAUCCACUACGCAGGAAUCCACAACCGAAGAGUCUACUACAGAGGUUACCGCAUCCGAAUCAACAACCGAAGAAUCAACUGUUGAAGUGACCGCAUCUGAGUCGACAACUGAAGAAUCUACAACAGAGGAAUCCACUACGGAAGUGACCGCAUCUGAGUCGACAACUGAAGAAUCUACAACAGAGGAAUCCACUACGGAAGCGACCGCAUCCGAGUCGACAACCGAAGAAUCGACUGUUGAGGUGACCGCAUCUGAGUCGACAACGGAAGAAUCUACAACAGAGGAAUCCACUACGGAAGCGACCGCAUCCGAGUCGACAACCGAAGAAUCGACUGUUGAGGUGACCGCAUCUGAGUCGACAACUGAAGAAUCCACUACGGAGGAAUCCACGACGGAAGCCUCUACUACAGAGGUAACCGUAUCCGAAUCAACAACAGAAGAAUCGACUGUUGAGGUGACCGCAUCUGAGUCGACAACUGAAGAAUCCACUACGCAGGAAUCCACAACCGAAGAGUCUACUACAGAGGUUACCGCAUCCGAAUCAACAACCGAAGAAUCAACUGUUGAAGUGACCGCAUCUGAGUCGACAACUGAAGAAUCUACAACAGAGGAAUCCACUACGGAAGCGACCGCAUCCGAGUCCACAACAGAAGAAUCGACUGUUGAGGUGACCGCAUCUGAGUCGACAACUGAAGAAUCAACUACGGAGGAAUCCACGACGGAAGACUCUACUACAGAGGUGACCGCAUCUGAGUCGACAACUGAAGAAUCCACUACGGAGGAAUCCACGACGGAAGACUCUACUACAGAGGUAACCGUAUCCGAAUCAACAACAGAAGAAUCAACUGUUGAAGUGACCGCAUCUGAGUCGACAACAGAAGAAUCUACAACAGAGGAAUCCACUACAGAAGCGACCGCAUCCGAGUCGACAACCGAAGAAUCGACUUCGACAACCGAAGAAUCGACUGUUGAGGUGACCGCAUCUGAGUCGACAACUGAAGAAUCCACUACGCAGGAAUCCACAACCGAAGAGUCUACUACAGAGGUAACCGCAUCCGAAUCAACAACCGAAGAAUCGACUGUUGAAGUGACCGCAUCUGAAUCGACAACGGAAGAAUCUACAACAGAGGAACCCACUACGGAAGCGACCGCAUCCGAGUCGACAACCGAAGAAUCGACUGUUGAGGUGACCGCAUCUGAGUCGACAACUGAAGAAUCCACUACGCAGGAAUCCACAACCGAAGAGUCUACUACAGAGGUAACCGCAUCCGAAUCAACAACCGAAGAAUCAACAACAGAGGAACCCACUACGGAAGUGACCGCAUCUGAGUCGACAACUGAAGAAUCCGUUACGGAAGAAUCAACGACGGAAGUAAUAGUAUCUGAGUCGACAACUGAAGAACCCACUAUGGAGGUGACACCAACGGAAACGGUAACAUUAUCUACGAUUGAAGUGACUCCAGAAGAAACGACAGUAAGUUCAAGCUUAGCCCCAGAAACAACUACAAUUCCAGUGACAUCCAGUACAGAGAAAACACCGGUGACAGGAUCGCAAAUAGUUACCCAAAUAUCAAAGGCGUUCGAAAAAAUUUCGAGUAUUUUCGAAACAUUGGCAAAAAUAUUUUCCUCUAGCAUUAAAAAUAACUAA